CUGUGUACAGUCAGAAAACACAGUCAGAAUUUGCUGUCUUUAAAAACACAUUUUUUCAAAUAGCUUCUUUUAUUUUUCGUAGCAAGUUUAAUUUGUUCUAGUCUUGUGUGAAGAGCGGGGUGAAGAGUGAAGAUCAACUUUUGUUGAUUAAAGUUUCAAUCAGGGACUGUGCCUGCAGACUAAUGAGCCAAUACAGUUUCGGCUCGACAACGGUCACACCGUACCACAGAGCAGGGUCGUGGCCGUGUGUGCCCCGCGUACUAGCCGCAUAGGCUAGCAGCCCGCGCCGCUCGAUACAUCGCGAAACGGCCGCCGCCGCACCCUAUUCAAUUCGUAUAUAGAGAGCAGGCAGCAUAGACGUUGCACGCAAAAUAAGCUGCAGGAAGAGGACAAGAAGUAAGAUCUAACGUUAGCUACAUGUAGCCUAGUUCUACUUUCAUAGUUGUCGAUUGUUUCUGAUUGGUCACUCAGCAAUAUCAGCGAGCAAUGGAAUGCGUUAGGUGAUAAAUACACAUCAUCAUUCCGUAAUCAUGGCAAACGCUGUGGUGAGAUAUCUCAAAGCUGUGACUGUUGAGCCUGUCCUCUUCCUCUUUAUGUUUGGAUUCUUCAUCCAAGGUCCGGUCCUUCAGCUCCUCAUUAUACAGAAGGUGUGUCGUCUAUCACAUGAGGGCAGUGUCUGCAGCAAUAAAACAGCAUUUGCUGAGAUCGAGAAUGAUGUAGAGAGUGACUCCACAAAAUGGAUCCUCUAUUUCAAUAUAGCUUCCAUGGUACCAGGUGCCAUCAUGGCCACAAUAUUUGGGCCCCUUAGUGACAAGUUAGGUCGAAAGAUCAUCAUGACGCUACCUUCCAUUGGCACAUCAAUUGCAGCAAUUAACUUCAUCCUCAACUCAUUCUACAUAGAUUGGCCAGUGGAGACCUUACUACUAAGUGGCGUUGCAAUGGGAAUAACUGGUAAUCUAGGAACUUUUUUUGUCUCUGUAGUUAGCUAUAUAACAGAUAUUACAGACCCAUCAUCGCGUAUGAAGCGUCUUGGUCUUUUAGAAGCAAUGGUCUAUAUUGGAGGUACUUUGGGACUUGUUAUAGGAGGUACAAUGACAGAACGCUUAGGGUUUGCACCAGUCUUCUUCCUGUACCUCUCAUUACAUGUAACUAUUCUCUUGUACAUUGCAAUACAUUUAAAGGAAUCAUUACCAAAGCAUGAAAGAGACUUGAAACAAAAUGGUUCUGCAGGAAUAGGAGCUAAGCCUCCCAACAAGGCAGUACAGUGCUGCAGCUAUGUUGUGGACAGUUUUAAGAGAGCUAUGUCUGUCAUUUUCCUGAAGCGAAAGGGCUCGAGGAGAAAGCACUUGAUACUUAACGCGAUGAUCUCCAUCACAGGAGUGAUUGCUCAGUCUGGUGACAUGGAUCUGACCAUCUUAUAUACCAAGCAUUCCCCUCUCAGCUGGCCCCCAUCCACAGUAGGUGUAUACCUUGCCCUAAGGACCGCCUUAAAGGGUGUGGCUCUCAUCUUGGUAGUCCCUAUCAUAGCUAAGGUGACCAAUCACAGCACACCAGACAGGGAUAUGAUGUGGGCGGAGCUGGGUAUAUUGUCUACCAUCGCUGGUUACACCACCAUGGCUGUAGCGAAGACCACUGGAGUGAUGAUGUCAGUUUCUGUGAUUGGUUGUCUGUUUGGUCUGACAAGAGCAGUACAGGGUUCAAUAGCAACAAGACUUGUAGAGUCAACAGAGUUUGGUGCCAUGUUUGCCUGUUCAUCUCUAGUAGAAGCUUCAAUGCUCCUGAUUGGUUCAUUACUCUUCAACAGUCUCUACAGAGCUACACUUGAUUUCUGGCCAGGAUUCUCAUUCUUAGUUAUGGCUCUUCUAUCUUUAAUCAGUCUCGUCUUUGCCAUAUAUCUGCAAUAUGAUAUGAAGAAGGAUUGGUCAGAAGAGUACCAAGAAAAAGGAGAUGGUGUGGUAAAACUUCUGAAUAAUGAAGAGACAGAUGAAGAAGAUGAGAUUGAGAUCAUAAGCCUAUCAGACUUACAGAAGACCAGAGUUGGGAUGGCACAUAGACACGUAGAAACAGAUGUAUAACCCUGUGUGUACAGAUGAUUACUAUAACUCGGGAUCAUGAAGGAUACAUUUUAAGUCUUCUCAAUUUUUUUUUUAGAGAUCUGUAACCAUGCUUUGCACUUACAAACUAGGAAUAGACCAACAUGCGAUAGGAGGAUCUGAUGAUGUGAAAAGCAACAUAUGACUCGGUUCAGAUUAUGAAGUUACUAUUAUUUUUUAUUUAUAUAAUGAAAUCAAGAAAUGUGCUAAAAGUUGUAAUGUGUAAAUUCAAAAGAAUAUGUGAAUGUUCCGACAUUAAAAAUUAUUAUUUUGUUUGUUCUUUUGGUUUCAGACUUGGUAUUGCCAGUAGUCUCAUGCUUCUCUUUUUGAGAAAUAGGAAAUCUUUUUAAAAUUUCCAAUAUCAUUUGGCCAACCUUCUUUGUGAGUUAUUUGAUAUUUUAAUCUGUAAGUAGUGAUAGAUAAUAAUCCUACUAGUAUUGUAUUCCCAUUGAAACAUUUUUUUUUUAGUCAGUGUCUACUGAUAACAACAUUAUACAACAUUACAGUUGAUGUCUCUUAUAAGAGUAAACAUUCCAUAUUUGCAUGCCAUUUUUAAAGUUUCAUUUAAAAGCUUCCAUCUCAAUACCAUUCCAAUAAUGUGCCAUGGAAUUGAACUUAAAAAAAGAUUAGAAAAAUAGGGAGUGGAAAGAAUUCAAUGAAUUUCAAUUACAUGAUGUGCAGGUUGAUAUAAUUUAUGCAUUGUAUUUGUUGAGUUAUUUGCUAUUUCUUCCAAUAUUAGUUCAAGAGAAGUGAGUGGCAUGUAAGUUUUGUUCCAAGCUUGCAUUCAUCCGUCCAAGUUUUACUUUUUGCAACUCUUUGAGCUUCAUUGAACGACAUUGGUGAAAAUAAAAGAAAAGUACUAAAGAACUACUUAUGCUGUAUGCAAACUGUCAUAUAUUAACAUCCAACACAUACAUUAUUUCAAGUUUACAGAGCAAGUGGAUAAAUUUUGAAUAAUUAUGAAAAGUGUUCUGAGACAAAAUAUAAACUGACACUCCACUGUAUUGGGAAUGGUGUGAAACAAGGAAUUUCAAUCUAUAUGCUUGUGUAUUGGCAAAUAGUACUGAAUCAUAUCAAGUUUUUAAUGUAUUUUAUGCUUUAAGUGUUGAAUCAUGUUUUGCUGAUGUUAAUGAUAUUUAUUGGAAAGAAAAUUUGAUAUAGUUGCUUGUUGACCUUGCCUUCAGUAGCUUUUAGUUUUGAUUUUGUUUUCCUGUCUUGGAUAUUUGAUUAGUGCUUUUUAUUUACUCAUGCUGAAAAGUAAUCAGGCUAUUUACAAGUUACUUUAUAGCUCAUAGCAAUAGACAAGUGGUAAUUUUAUAUUGACCAAUAGCUCUGUGAAGAUGUUUUUGUAAAUUGUUUCUAUUGGCCUUUGGCUGGCCAUUUUAAAAUUGAACAUUUUGAGAAAAAUCAUAUUGAGAUACACAUAAAGUUUCAUUAUGUUUUAAAAAUAGCAUAUAGCAGUUCAUUCCUUUGGUGACUUGUAUUUUAAAUGAGGUGGAAGGGUGCUCAUAUUAAAUAAUGAAAUACUUUGUGAAUUUAUCAAUAUCAAGUACCUGGAUCGCUCCUGAUUGCCCUUUUAUAUUUCUUUUUUUAAAUACACCUUUGGGCAAUUCCAUAAAAGAUGUAUGUCCGCCCCCUAUAUGUUGGUACCUUCAUGAAAUUUUCUGUCUCUGAUCUCUGGUUCUUUUGAAAGUCUGUAAUGUUCUUAAAGGACCAUGAUUUGCUCAGUGUAUAGAGUGAAGUAAGACUUGAAAAAAUGGGGGGGGGGGGGGGUGGCUGUAAAAAAGGGUUGAUCAUUUUAUGGAAUAGCCCCUUUUUAAAAUUAAUCUAUUGCUGUUAAAGUUGGUAGUGCAAUAGGUGUUAUUGUGUCAGUUUGGUAUGAGGUUCAUUUGAAUAACUUUUCCCAUUUUUUCAAGACAUUUUAUUCCUAUAUAUAUAUAUAUCUCUCUCUCUGAGGAUCAAGUUGCAUGACAAUAUAUUCUGCAAUAAUUGAAUAUUUUGUCCUUUUAUAUCAAACAGUAUUUAUGAUGCUGCAUGUGUCAGGUAUGACUUGUCCAUUUCUAUUCCUGCAUGCCCAUAUGAUAAGAGUAACAUCUGAAAAAAAAAUGUGUGUGAGUCGGUUGGUGAAAUGUUCAACGAUAAAUGUCACAUUUUCCAAGCAGGUAUCCUUACACCAUUCAUGCUAUGGCAUAAGGGUGUGUGAUGUGCCAUACGAAAGGUUGAUAUAAUGAUACUAGUGAAUUACCAAGAAUACUUCCAUGCAAGUCAGAUUCAUAGUGUAUUAUGUUGUUUUAUAUUCUCUCAAGAAGUGUGUGUAUAUAAAGUAUAUCAGUAUCUAUUUUCUUAUUUGUUAAUUGUAUAUGUUGAAUAUAAACAAAACAAGACAUUACUUUUGGGGUUUAUCAUAAAACAAAGUAUAUCAUACUUUGCUUUGAUGGUAAGUUGUGUGUUUCAUAAUACAUGCACCACCAAUCGAUGAGGCUUGUUGAUCUUCAACUUUUUACUAAGAAAUAAGUUAGCAUGGGCUGCAAAGUGAAAAUUUAUACAUUUAAGACAUACAAUGAAUCUUGAGCACAGGAAAGAAUAUAAAGGAUUUAUCUGAAGUAUUAGAUCCCAGGAAAACUGGUAUUUAUAUGAAAUUUGUAAUCACUUUGAAAGAGAAACAAAUACACAUUGAUAAAAGUGUAUGAUGUUGAGUGUAUUCUUGUCAACCAAUCUCUAAUGAUUAAUGUGAAUGAGGGAAUUCCUUUCCAAGACAUUUAAAUACCUACCCAAUAUCCCCACAUUUUACCAUACAUAAACCUAUACCUUAAUCGAACUUGUGGGCAUGUAUUAUGAAACACGCAAGUUAGUUUGAUCUGUAGGCCUACCUAUUAUCAUUGAAUUGCAAAUCAUCUGAAAUGUCUAUGUAUCAGUAAAAAAAAAAACUUAUUAGAAUGAUUAUUUAGCUGGAAAUGUAGUGAAAAGCAGACAUCAGAUUAAUUAAGCUAAUUGCUGUAGUGCUGAGCAAUGGCUGUAUAAGGCAUCAAUGAUUUCUUAUAUUUCUACAACUGUAAUAGUGGGUACAUUUUUUGAGAUGGGAAAUUUGGUUCAUAUGAUUCAGAAAUAUGAAUCAAACUGAAUUAUGAAAAACCUUGUGGUGAAAUUAGGCAUUGGAUGAGAAGCAAUAUUUGUAUGAUAAAUUUGUAGUUUGUUUUUAAUUACCUAAAACUAUUUAAAGUUUGCCUUUUAAUAAUAUAUCAAAUAUUACCUUGCCGGUACAAAUAAUUUCUUUUUAAUUGAGAAAUAUGUUUUCCAAGGCUACUUGCAAGUUGUUACAGAACUUUUAUGAGGUUAUCAAUUGGAGUGAUUUGGCACAGCAAUAUUUCCUCAAAGCAAUGACAAUACAAAGUAAUUAGAUUUGUACUACAUGUACAUGUUCCUAUAAGAAAUUUUUGAGUUGUUUUAUUCAAUCUAGUUAUUAAAUAACAUUAUUUACUUCUAGAUCAGUGAAGUUCUUAGAUUUUGUUCAGUGAAAAAUUUAAUUUAUUACAUAAAGGUUUCACUGUAACUUUUAAAAGAAAAACACAUUUGAAUAAGUUAUUGUUAUAUUAAAAAAAAUUGAUAUCUCACACACUUGUUUUAACUCAGAUUCAUUUUUACAUUACUAAUAUUUAAUUGAAUCUUUUGUAAUGUUCUUGGCCUUUUGUUAUGUGCCAUAUAAUAGUAUAGGUUUUCCCUUUUUAAUUGUUUUAUAGGAUAAAUUCACAGCAUGUACUUCAUCAUGAAACACUUGAUUACUCAUGAAUAAUGAUAAUUUGACACAAGCUCA